AUGAAUCGACAUAUAACAAUACCAACUUGUGAAAAAUUUGUUGCUAUGCAUCUUUAUCCUCAUCAACUCGAUGAGCAAAUUAUGCGCACGGAAAUAUCAUCCUCAAAUGGAAAUUUAAAUCGACAUUUAUCAAUGACAUCUUAUAAUUCAAUUGAUAAAAAUCAAAUAUUUCAUCCAUCAUUAUCAACAAUAAAUCGACAUUUAUCUAUGUCAUCUUAUGAUCAAUUUAAUGAAGACGAACAACCAUUACGUAUUCAUGUUGGUAAUAUUCCAUUUUUAUGGACUAUUGAUGAUUUACGUAAACAAUUUUUAGUAUUUGGACCAGUUAAAGAUCCUGAAAUAGUAUCGAAUGAACGUGGUUCAAAAGGAUUUGGAUUUAUUACAUUUCUUCGUCAUAGUGAUGGUAUGAAUGCAAUUCGUGUUAAAAAUGGUUCCAUAGCUGAUGGUCGAAAAAUAACCGUUGCUUUAGCAUCAUCACGUUCAUCAUCUCGAAUAAAUUCUCAUCAUUGUUGUUGUUGUAAAAAUUUUAUAUAA